AUGACUUCUGAAGUUGUUCAUUUCACAGGUCAAGAACAACUUCCUCCUGUAUUGAAACUUAUCGCUGAUUCGAGAUACCAGUUUUCAACACAUAAAUAUGCGAUUGAGAAGUCUGAAGGUGGAGCUCAUCACAUUUAUAUAGUGACAAUGUCAUAUGAACCUCUCAUAAAAGAAGUAAUGACAACUGCUCGCAGUUCUUCAAAUAUCAAAGAACAAGCACUUGUUAGUCAAAUUAAAAGUUUGACGACCAGCGAGAAGAAGAAGAAGAAAAAGAACAAGUCUCCAGUUGUCCAUCAAAUGAAAAUCUUGAAAGAUUCGACACAUCCAAAUCAGUAUUUCAUGUUGCCAGAUGCCUCUUCUGCUGCUUCUUCAAUUGCCACGUCAUCUGAUUCCUUUUCUUUCUCUUCGAUUUCAGCACGAACUGGAUCGAAUGCCAAAAGUACUGGAAAAGCUGUGACGAUGGUUCAUGUCAAGUUCAUUUUACUCUAUCGUGAUGUUUGUAAGAGACGCGUCCAAUCGAACUUCGCAGACGAGUUUUCAUCUGACACUCUUCUCCAGGACGUCGUAAUCAACUUCCAACAACUAUGUAGUCGCCAAAAUUUUAGACUCCGUGGCCAAGAGUUUCAUCCACGUCUUGCUUAUUGUAUCGGAGAAGUCAGUGAGAAGAAUUCGAAGCCAGUUUUGGAUUCCGAUUUGGGAAAGAGUUUGGCUCAGUUGGCAUCGACUAACUCGAUUAUUCAAUUCUCUUUGAUUGCGGAUAAUGUGAAAUAUGGUGGAGAGUGA